CGCUGCGAGAGUUGGCAACACUGCCACACUGUCAAAUUCCAGUAAUUAUUCUCCUCUACUGCUGUUGUAGAAUUGCAAAGUCGUUCGGCACUUUAGCAUAGAAGUCCAGCAUAUAUUUGCCCGAUCCGAAAGCAGGCGGAGAUCAGUGAAAAGAUAUACGUAUUUACCGCUAUUCGAGCAGUGCGAAAACGUGUCCGGAAAAGCCAAAGGCCAGCGACAGCGAGUGCGAGCGAGAGCGCAGGUGACAGCGACACCGACAAGAAACCCCGCUCCCCACCCCUCCGCCAACAAACCCUUUUCGACUGUUUUUUUGCACGGCACGGGGAAAACCGAAAGAAAAACGAGAUUUUCAAUUGAUUUGCGACGCAGUCCGGCCGGAAAAUGCUCAUAAACCUUAAGGUGAAGACCUUAGAUGCGCGCACCCACGAAUUCAGCAUCGACAAUGAGCUCACCAUCCGCCAGUUCAAGGACCAAAUAGCCGAGAAGACGAACAUUGCGGCGGAGAACCAGCGUAUCAUCUACCAGGGUCGCGUUCUGGCCGAUGAUAAGCAGGUGAAGGAGUACGAUGUGGAUGGCAAGGUGCUUCAUGUGGCCGAACGACCUCCGUUCUCUCAGCGCGGAGCUAAUGCCCGGAACAAUGAUGAACCCAUGCGCACCUUCCGCAAUGUGGCACGUCCUCCGCCGCCAGGAAUGCGCACUUCUCCGUAUUUCCGCGCCCUCGACGGCAUGCUGGUGGGCACCAUGGCCAUACCCGUGAACAAUGGUCCAGUAGCAGGGCAGACUCGUCCUCCACCGAAUCGUUAUCCCAACUCCUCGUCCUUCUGCAUUAACCGCAUCACUGUGGCCCUGCACAUGAUCGAUUGCGCCGACAAUAUAGCAGCCUAUCUGGAAAAUCCAGCUGUUGGUCUGAACAAUCAAUCACUGGACAUUCUGCAGCGUGGUCGCUGGUCAAUGGAGUCCACUGUCGUGGAAGUGGGUGUUUCUUCGACGGAUCUGCCGCGCAACAAUAACAUCAUUGAUAUGGUCCAAGAUGCUGUGACCGCUGCUCUUUCGCGUACUGGCGCCCGCAACUAUACGGUGGUGCAGCUGCCCACGGUUUAUACCAAUGAGAAUGGCGAGACCAGCCAGCAGAGGGCCGGCGAAGCUGGAACCAGCGAAGGAGCAGCCAGCGGAGCUGCAAGCAAUGCUAGUGGUGAAACCACAGCGGCCACUGUGAUUAUCGAGGAUGUUAUCGAAACGGACGACGAAGCUGCUGAUGGAGCAUCAGAUCGUUCGGUCACGCCAACACCAGAGCCGGAGGCGGAGGGAGCAGUUGGUGGCCAGCCAGCCACUGCAGCAGAGACUCCCACAUCCUCGGCUGGAUCAGCCAAUGACGCGGCUGCAGAAGGAGGCAACAACUCGGGACCCAGGCGCCGCACUCGUCCUCAGGUGUUGGCCCAAGUGAUUCAGCACUAUCGUGGCGUACAGACUCGCUUGGCGCCUUUUGUGGAUCGGUACUACGAGAUUCUCCAGAAUGAUCCCACUUUCGAGGAGAGUGACACCGCUGGACGCGAGAACGCGCAGCGAAUCUUUGAUCGCGUUUCGGAGGCCUUCCACUACCUUUCGCACGCCCAGCACGCUAUAUCCGAUUUAAUGCUUGAUCUGUCGCAGCCAGGACCACGUGUGCUCACCUGCCGACCCAUUCUCGUCGAGCAGAGCGGCUACAUACGCUCCAAUAACAUUUUCACGCCCAACUUUUUGGCACCGGCUUCGGGUCUCCUUAACGAGCCUUUCCGUAACAGAGCACCUGGUACUGCCUCUGCAGCUGGCACGCAAACGCCCACCACCGCAGGCACUCCAACUGCUGUGGCACCGCCGCAGGCUGCCAAUUUGCAGGCGGCCACUGAUGCCAGCCGCAGUGCAGCGGCCAUGGCGGAGAUUGCCAGUCGAGCUGCUGGAGCCGCUGCGGAAAUGGCUGCUGGAGCUGCGAGUGCCGCUGCCGCCGCUGCUCGCGAUUUAUCCAGUGAUCAAGUAGAGGAUCCCGUCGACGAGCCUAUGGUGGCUCCAAAUGCAGCAGGUGCCGCAACAUCAGCACAACAGCAGCAGCGUCUCGAAAUGGAUCACGACCAAGAUCAAAAUCAAAGCGAAACUCCCGAACGAGAAAACCGACCAGAGCCUAGGCUGCGUGUCUAUGUGCCAGUGACCCUGCCACCGCGCAAUACCCAAAUGGAAAUGGCUCGAAUUAUCCAGGCAAUGGUCAAUGGUCAACGGCCAAACGAUGUUCAUGUGGAAUUCAAUGCCCCCAACGUCAUGUCCAUUAACUUGCCCGUGCAUGUGAUGACGACAGUGCGACAGGCUCCGGCACCUGGAUCAAGCGAAACAGCAGAACCUUCUGCGUCUGAAUUCUCCCCUGAAAGUGCGCCGGCAACGGGCAAUGCGGAGUCUCCAAAUGCAGCAUCAACAUCAAGUGGAACACGCAGUGGAGAUCAGAGGGCCAAUACCUUGCCCACCACAUCCACCCAAACGCGCUCGACAUCUAGGCCACAGAUUCAGAUUGGCGGAAACAACAACUGGGGCGGACGCAUUGCUCCAACACACACGGCAUUCGACCGCUUCCUGCCUUGCAAUAGUCAUCACAUUCGGGAACCCGAGCAGCUGCUCCAAAACAAUAAUACCAACCGCAGCACGUCCACAGCACCAGCAGGAGGGGCCAGCGUUCUGUCGCCUACAGCCGCUGCCGUAACUCGUCCUGUCACCACUGGUCGCAUCCAGCGCGGCAGCAACACGUUCCGCCCAAUGUGGUCGUCGCGUCGCCAGCGACCAGCCAGCGAGCAACUAAACAGCCUGCGACCGGCAGCCUGGGCGCAGGCGCAGACCCAAACCACUCAUGCUCAAGCUGCCCACGUUGGUGCUGGCAGCACCAAUGGGGCCGGAGUCGGAGCCGGGGCCGGAGCCGGGAGAGUGCGGCCCACGGGAGGAUCGCCCAUCAAUCGCGAUCGGCUGGCGGCUCGAACGGCCCACGUUGGCGGUGGCAGCACCAACGGAGGCUUGCCCUCUGGCCGGCGGGGGCGACUACAGGCCGCCACCAGCCGCCUGUCACGACAAUUUCCCACCCUACUCGCUAAUUUUUUGCUUAAUAAUCUGAGAAAUAAUGCGCCAACAGCUUCGGUAGGCAGCGCUGUCGCCGCCGAGGGAGGUUCGGCCGCCUCAUCGUCAGGAGAAGCUGCCCCAAUUGCUUCUACCACACCAGUUGGUCCACCGCAAACUGUUUUGCCGACAUCCACACCCACUGCCGGCGGAGAUUCAAACAACCUGCGUUCGCAGCUGCGCAGCUUCCUCAACGACAGCCUAUUUGUCGGCGUGCCCAUCAACGAGCAGACCAUCCCAGGGGCCAUUGGUCGCGCACUAGACUGGUUCGCGGAGAGCCUGGUCUACCUGCCGCAGUACGAGCGGCCGGAGUACAACUCCCGCGACUCGGUGUGCAACAUCCUGCGAGUCAGCCUCCGUUUGAUCAUCGAGCUUUGUAAUGGAGCUCCGGGCGGCGCUGAUGGUGCUCAGUUCGAGCAAAGUCUCAAACAGAUCUGUGACCAGUUCCGCAAGCGCCUCUACAGCGUUCUCUUCUUGUGUCUUGGAAGCGCGAAUGCGGAGCUCUACUGGCGCCAGCUAAUGCGCCUGCUUUGCACACCGAUGCGAUCCAACUUCCGCAACGAAGCCCUGCAGUUCUUGUGCAUCUACAUAGACCCCACGAUUCCUGCCCAGACUGACACAGCAGAUGCCCAACAGUUCCUGGUCCUGCGCAGCGUUCAAGCAGCUCCUCCAACAGCUGCCGACGAACCAUUCGUGGCGCCGCCGCCUUUUGCCCUCAACCCACAGCAGCAGCAGCCGCAAGAGCAAUCCCUGGACACGGAUGUUGAGAUGGCUGAAGUGGCCGCCAGCAGCAGCAGCAGUUCCCCGGCAGCCGACCUACCCGCAGUGAUUGUGGGCUCAGAGCCCUGGCACAUGAGUUUCCCCAAUGAUUGGUUGCCAGUGAUAACGCGCGACCUACAGACCCAGGCAGAGCAGAGUAGUCGUCCCCAGCCGCCGUUCUCGGAUGCCUACAUCUCGGGCAUGUCCGCCAAGCGGCGCAAGAUAAUUCAGUCGGAAAAGCCGACGGCCAGCGUGGAGUGUCUCAUAGCGAACGGAGUGCAGAGGGCUAUCCAAAGCGUCGGUUUGGGUGGAACCAGUGGUAGCGCCUCAAGUUCGUCGAUCAGUAUGGAUACCGUAAUCGGUUCCAUUGCUCACGACUCCACCGUUCAGGCUGCCUACACGGAUGCGGUGCGGAAUAGUUUAAAAGAGCGUAUCAAGCAGGAUGUGGAUUUUAAGUCCAGCAAGUAUCCACAGAUCGCCAAGUUCGCCGAGCAAAAGUAAAGGGGAGGUGCAGCGAUGAAAACCCACACCGGCCACCUUGUGCUUGUUGUACAUUUUACUUUAAUGAAUUGUAUUUAAUUUACUUAAUGGCUAAGUUCUGUUUAAAUCGAGAAGACGACGAAGUUUGCGACAACACCAACACACGGAGUGGACCCUUAGCAAAUGCUUCAAACUAUUUAGACUAAUAAUAUCCAACUGAUAUUUAUCCACACACACACAAACACACAAUGGUUCAAGACACAGAGCCCAAUCAAAAACGAUUUUUGCGCUGCAUGAAUGAGCAUGAAUAAACACACAUAUUAACCGAAAGAAUGGCGAUUGGAAUCGGAUUAAAUGGACUUGGAUAUGGGACCACACACCGAGCGGAAUGCUUUCAAUUGUCCCAAAUGGCGGUGGCGUCCCCGCGUCGCAUGACGUGCUGCAAAAGCAGACCAGACCCGUGACGACAGCCGAAUUCCGAAUUCCAGCCAAGUAUUUUGGCCGGCGCCAAAUCGCCAUUGACGUGAGCCGAUGGCACAUGAUUGCUGGCCGGCCGAUGACGACCAAGCCGGAAUGUGCAGAUCCAUUCAAGUGGAUAAGCCAUCAGCAGAAGCAUUCCCGGGGGCAUAUCCACACCAACCCAUCGGACCAGCAUCCGAGAGCCUCCCGCACCAUCCAAUUUCAUCGUCAUCGAAUUCCGAAGCCUACGCUACUCUUGUUAUUGUUGUCGCCUGCAAUCGAAACACGAAAAUGUGUCACAUAAAAAUGUUGACAAUAUUUAUGUGCAAAAAAAAAAUCAACACAAAUACCAAGAAGCCGUAAAGAAAAGAAAACAUAUGAAUAAAUAAUAAUUAUAAAUA